UCGGUUUAGUUGCAAUUAGUCCAAACUUCAGGGGAGGUUAUUGUAGUUUGCCCUACUAUUUAUUUAUUUAUUUUCUAUUUUUCCAUUUAUGCUAUUUAAACCUUUAACUAGGAAACGACACAGUUUUAAGGUCUUCGUUUUUUGCUGUUGAAGUAGAGAACUGAAAGGGGCGCUCUGUCUCUCAACUUCAAAAUAUUUUUUAAAGAGGCUAAUUGCUGAGCAGCGACCAAUUUGCUUUUUCCUGCCUUAGGCUUCUCCCCGAAUAUUAUUGAAACUCAUUCUUUUCUCUUUUUUUUUUUUUUUUUUUUUUUUUUUUUUUUUCCAGUGAAACUUUUUAUCUGAAUGUAAGCUGUCCUCUCUGAUAACUGAUUGAUCUUAGAUUAGUAAACAUUCAGUAUUUCAAUUUCUCAUUUUUCUACCUAGUUUUAUUCCUCUAUUGGCUCGCUAAAAUCAUUACAUUUUGAUACAUUUUAUGUUUUUAUUUUUUUUUAUUCUUACCAAAAAAAAUUGUGGAUUCUUACCCAAAAUUCCAUGUUCUCACUCUCGGUUCUGUUGUGUGUUUUUCAUGAUUUGCAGAUGUCUAAAUCUGGAGCAUUGGAUCUGGCUUCUGGUGUUGGCGGCAAGAUUGAGAAAAAUGAAGUACUUUCAGCUGUGAAAAAGUAUGAGAAGUAUUAUGUGGCUGGGGAUGAGGAUGAGAGAAAAACUAACUACAUUGACAUGGUCAACAAAUAUUAUGAUUUAGUGACAAGCUUUUAUGAAUAUGGUUGGGGUGAGUCCUUCCAUUUUGCACCAAGAUGGAAAGGGGAAUCACUUCGAGAGAGCAUCAAGCGGCAUGAGCACUUUCUUGCUUUGCAAUUAGGUCUAAAACAGGGACAGAAGGUCUUGGACGUUGGAUGUGGAAUUGGGGGCCCCCUAAGAGAAAUUGCUAGAUUCUGUGAUACAUUUGUUACAGGGAUAAAUAACAAUGAGUUUCAAAUCACAAGGGGAACGGAACUGAAUCGCAUUGCAGGAGUGGAAAAGACCUGUAACUAUGUGAAGGCUGACUUCAUGAAAAUGCCAUUCUCUGACAAUAGUUUUGAUGCCAUAUUUGCAAUAGAAGCUACCUGUCAUGCACCAGAUGUGUUUGAUUGCUACAAGGAGAUUUACAGAGUGUUGAAGCCUGGCCAGUGUUUUGCUGCUUAUGAGUGGUGCAUCACUGAUUCAUUUGAUCCGAACAACCAAGAGCACCAGCGGAUCAAGGGGGAAGUUGAGCUUGGAAAUGGACUUCCUGACAUCAGGUCAACGGGACAAUGUCUUGAAGCUUUAAAACUUGCAGGUUUCGAGGUUAAAUGGGAGAAGGAUGUUGCUGUGGACUCACCUCUUCCUUGGUAUUUGCCUCUGGAUAAAAGUCAAUUCUCGCUAAGCAACUUUCGAGUAACAGCUUUUGGACGUUUCAUCACAAGAAAUAUGGUGAAAACCUUGGAGUUUAUGGGGCUUGCUCCAGAAGGAAGUCAGAAGGUUCAAUCUUUCCUUGAGAAAGCAGCAGAUGCACUUGUUGAAGGUGGAAAGAAGGGGAUUUUUACACCGCUCUACUUCUUGUUGGCCCGGAAACCUCUUUUGUAGGUCAAAAUGCUAAUGCAGCAGAAGCUUCACAAGGUUUAUGAGAGACAUUGUGAUUCAGUUACUACAUCACUUCUCUUAUGUGACUAGAAAUUGAUUUGGUCCAACUGGACUCUCCCGGCCACCGGCGGCCGCAAGAAUGUUGGCAUGGUGGUGGUGAUGGUGGUUCGUUCUCCAAAACAAUCGUCGCCAUGCCAAGAUCGAGGCCGCCUUCCCCGAACCGAUAUCGCAGUGGCCGCUGUUUUUUUUUUUUUUCCUCUUGUUACUGAAUUUCAGUGUCUUGCAUAAUUUGCAUUUGAUUUUCUUUAAUUAUUAAUGACCCAGGUUUGCCUUUUGGCUUAGUCCUUCGUUUU